UGGAAGGCCUCUUGACUCUCAAGAUGGCCUUUCGGAAGGGCUUUUAAUUCCUGAAAUUGUCUACUGGGUAGCUUUAAAUCUUUGUUGAAAAAGUUACUUCCUUUUCAAAUGUUUGCAUGAUAAUUUUCUAAAAUUUCCAGAUAAAUAUUUUAUGUACAUAAAAUUGAAUAUGAACAACUUCUCCAUUAUCUUAUCGAAUAUUUAUUUUCAACAGCUUAUGCCCAUAGUACCAGUUACGUGCGCAAAACCCGACGACCAAAUUGCCUGCUUGCUUGCCAUGAACAAAGUUGAAAAAAUUCCAUAUCGUAUAGCAACAAAAAUUUCAACUGAGCUAACAACAAUAUGCAUAUGUAUGUAUAUAGCAACAUUGAAGCGAAGGAACACACAAAAAGGGGGAGAAAAAUGAACGGAUAAGCAAGAAAUGGGGGAAAAUAAAUCAACUGUACAGGGUCUAAAAAUUCACAUCUGCACACGUAUAUGUACAUACUGCACUCGUCGGCCUUAUAUAUUUGCGCUAAGUGGUAUAAUACAAUUGGUUAGCUUAAAUUUAACCUUUAAGAAUGUUUAAACUAAAUUGCGCUAACAUUUUUAAAUGUGAAAAUGUAAUGCUCUUGGCCAACGUACUAUUCUUCUCAGCCCCCUUUCAACAUAACAAACCAGUUCAUUGGUACAAAAGUCGCUGACACACCCUGUAGCGAGUAAUUUCGAAAUGAUUUGAACUUAAAUGUAUAUAGCACACAAGCAGGCAAUGAAGCACACUGUCGACAGGCAAGCAAUCAACAACGGGUAUUAUAGAUAGCCCGUGCAAACGAGCUAUGUAUUGGGUAGCAGAUAAGUGGCGACUGUGAGCGUGUAAGCGAGAAAGCAUUAUGCAGAAGUGCUCUGAAGUAAAUAGACGGAAGGUAAGGAGGAGACGAAACGAUACAUCUUCGACGUUUGCCAAACGAGUGACGAUAGUUGAAGUAGAAGGUUGUAAAAUGACAUUUCAGCCGUUUCGGUGAUCAAAGAAAAUUGAUUAACGCGCCAAAAGUAGGCAAAAACUCAAAUUAAGUGCAAAGAAACGUCAGCGCCAAAGUGCAACACUGCACCCAAGUGUCAAAUUCGAAGCAGAUCAAAGACAAAAACAAGUACAAAUUUACGCUGAAGGCCAAAAACCCUUCUUAUUAUGUAUGUAUUUAUGAAGUGUAGAGAAAUACCAGCGGUAUUUGAAAAAAAUAUAUAUUUAAUAGAGAACAUAUUGUAUAAAAAAAGAGAAAUUCGAAUACAGUCGCAAGCAACUUUUAUAUACCUCAAGCAUAUAUGUGCAUAAGUGUUCGAAAUUCAGUGGAAGUGGCUUGAAAUAUAGAAAAACAGGUACAAGGCAAAGCGUAGAGGCAAACGAUAGCAACAACAAAAGCGAACAGCAAUAACACAGGGUUGUAUGGGUGCAUAUAUAAAGUAAAAUAAAAAAGUUCACCACAACCGCAACAUACGCCCCGCAAAUGUGGUAGACAGGGAGAGCACGAUCUAUAUACAAUACUUGCAUUGUGUGUGUGCGUCAUCUCGCUUUGGCCUUGUUUGACAGUUCACUGUGUUCAACAUGGGCACAGUCGCCUCUGUGGAAUUUUGCUGCGCGUUGAGUGUAGAUUUUAAUUUGAGCAGAGCUGGUUAGGAAAUAUUCGUCAACGGUGAAAAAUGUUUUCAAUUUGAUAUAAAAUUACAAAAAAAUACAGUUUUCGCUACAAAGAAAAAGCAAUAAAUGUUAUGCAGUGGAUAAAAAUUUGGUUUUUAUGAAAAAUAUCUACAAGUAACAAAGGUAAAUGUAAAAGUCGCUGGGGGAAAGGAAUCACAUAAGGAGAUAUAAAUACACAAAACCUAUCUGGAGCUUGUGUAUGUGUCAAAACUUUAAUUGAAAACGCCACGAGAAGUGACGAUUUAAUUGUCAAUAUCAGUUCUAAAGGAAAAAUUUGUAUAAUUGAACGAAAUUUUCUCAAUACGUGUAAAAAUUUAAUUUCAAGCAGAGACAAAAGGCAACCAACUACAACUAAAGAAAAAUAGUGACAACGAAGUGAGAAGUGUCAAAGGAAAAAAAACUAAAGUAAAUAAAGAGUUGGUGAAGGAAUACGAAGAAAAAAGGCGUAGGAAAGCUGUAAAAAUAGUGCUGCAAAGUAAAAUAAAAAGGGAAUCAUAUACAUACAUACAUACUUGCAUGGGCUGUAUGCAUCGAAUCCAUAGUGUGGUUUUCUCUUUUUCACGUAUUGCGCACAGUAGAUAAUGUGCGAAUGUUCCAGCUGUCAAGUAAUAAAUGCAGCAACAAAUUACAUACGGACGGAAACCCUGAAGCCAGCAGCAAAAACAACAAACGUUUGCAAACGUCAAGCUGAUUUUUGCGUUAAUCGGAAGCAGCAACCAGAACAACAGCGGUGGGUACAAAACGAGUACGAGUGGUAUGGGCAAAAUCACUCGACUCGUAGCCAAUUUCACCAUAGAUAUAGUUGUUACAACAACAAUUCACAGGAAACAAGAAAUGUCGAAAUGUUGCAACAUGAACAACGUCCAAUAUCUGAUAUGCACGAAUUAACAUUCCCAACAAAUUAUAAACAAACCAUAAAUGAUUUAAUGAAAGCUCAAAUUAACAACAACAAUUCAACAACAAAAACGCCGAUGAUGAGAUCCCCAAUACUUGACUCUAGUAAUUCUCAUCACCAACAAUUGCAUCAGCAGGGAGCCAAUGCAACAAACUGCAUGAAUGACACAAUGUCCUCGGUGGCGUCAAAUCCUAUAUCAACAACAUCGCCACAAGGUGUGGGUGGUGGUUUUUACGGUAGCCACACUCCACCUUCAACCAUCGGGGUCAAUUUGCGCGUCACAGGCCAAUGUAGUCAAGGUGGUCGCAAAUAUAUGGAGGAUUAUUUUUCGGUUGCCUAUCAACAAUCGGAGAAUGCCAAAGAUCUGGAAUAUGCUUUUAUUGGUAUUUAUGAUGGACAUGGCGGGGCGGAGGCGGCUACAUUUGCCAAAGAGCAUCUCAUGAUGCAGAUAAUAAAUCAGAAAGCGUUCUGGUCAGAUUCGGAUCAUGAUGUAUUACGUGCAAUACGCGAGGGAUACAUUGCCACACACUAUGCUAUGUGGCGUGAUCAAGAAAAUUGGCCAAAAACCGCUAAUGGCUUGCUGAGCACAGCCGGUACAACUGCCACUAUUGCUUUCAUACGUCGUGAGAAGAUUUACAUUGGCCAUGUUGGCGAUUCAGGCAUUGUACUCGGUUAUCAGAAUGAGGGUGAGAAAUUCUGGCGUGCCAAACAGCUAACGGUGGAUCAUAAGCCCGAAUCGGCAGAGGAACGAGCACGCAUACAACGUUCUGGUGGCAAAGUUGUAGUAAAAUCCGGUGUACCGCGCGUUGUUUGGAAUCGUCCACGUAAUGCUGGCCACAGAGGUCCCAUUCGUUCAAAUACACCCGUUGAUGAAGUUCCAUUUUUGGCAGUAGCACGUAGUCUUGGAGAUCUUUGGAGUUACAAUUCCAUGCGCAAUGUAUUUGUAGUUAGCCCGGACCCAGAUGUGCAGGUCAUAAAAAUCAAUUCAAAGACUUUUAGAUGCCUGAUUUUUGGUACAGAUGGUCUGUGGAAUGUUGUAACACCACAAGAAGCAAUUGAUACUGUAUACGAAAGAGAAUGUAUUAAUGAGCGCCUUCAAGCGUUUGCUCAUGCCGAAGGCGGCAGUCCAGAAUGGACGAACCCAAGCAAGGGUUUAGUUGAGCGGGCUUUGAAGACAUGGUCGGCGAAAAAGAUGCGUGCUGAUAAUACUUCCGUUGUGACAGUAAUACUUUAUCCGCCCUGCAAUGAAACCAUAAAUGCCAACUAUAUUGGCCCGAACGGGCUGCCGUAUAACAGUUUACCAAACGGCAGUUGUGGCUUGGAGUAUACCGAAGUAUGCGCCGAAGUUGCGGCGACUGAUUGCGGUACUACCUAUGAACAGAUAGCAGAAAAACACAUAAUGCCUGAAGCCUUCCGAGAUUUCGACUACUUCCUCGAUGAAGCGGCAAUAAAUGCGGCGCUGCAUUCACGAAACGAAGAGAAUAGCGAGACAAAAUAUUGUAAUGAAGAAUUGUCGUAUUGGCAUAAUUGGAAUUGGGACGAGCGUCAGUCCGAAUGUGCUGGUGAUUAUAACCACCAUUCGACUUUCUUAGGAGCGCAUAGCGAUGUUAGCAUCUGUAGUAAGGAAAUUUCAAGUGACGUUGGAAAUGUUAAUAAUGCUCAUAGCUUAAUAGCAUGUGAUGGAGACGAAAAUGCUGUGGAUGGCGUACAUAAUAGUCCAGUAGGCGAUGAAACAGCAAACACGCCAGCUGUACUAAAAUAUGCAACUUACAACGCUGACACUUCCUCAAAUUCAAAUGCGUCCAGCGAUGUGAGCAAUGUAUUAGGCAACGCAGGCUUCAUGACAUUUGCUGAAUCGUAUAACUCAUUUUUGAAUGAACAAAUGUCGCAUGAUAGCACAAGUAGCUCCAACUCAAACUCGAAUUGUCAAAUUAUUAGUGGCACGAGUGAGAUACUACAGGAACAACAGCUUUACCAGCAGCAAUGCAUGUCCGAGGAAGAGGGCUAUUCAUUGACAAAGUUGGAAACUCGACGCGAACAGCAGCGGUGCAGUGGCGGUGUGCAGACAUUCAAAAUUUUCCAAACCCAUGACACCAGCGGUACAAGUUAUGUGCCACAGCGGCGCGAGCCAAAGGAAACUCAAAGCAAACACGUACAAGGGCAGGUGCAGCGACAACACACAGCCACCCAGUCGACUUCUACGUCACAACUGACACUUGAAGAGGCGCGCGAAUUGGAGGAAGCUCUAACCUGGGAGCCGGAAUGCGCUACGCUUAGCAAGACAAUGAAUCGGUUUCUGGGUUACACAGCUGAGCCUCCAAAGCCACUUGAAUUGAAUUCGCUGCUACAGCAAGAGCGCGAAGAAGAGCGACAAGUAGCGAUUGAGCGACUCGAAAUGCAGCGCCAGUUGGCAGGUGCAACAUUGCCUGUGCUUGCGACAGAGGCGGCGAGAGAGCACAGUGCUCAUGACGCUGAUCUGCUGCCAGUAGAUCAAAAUGGGCCAAUAGAAGACCCUGAAGACGUAUUAGUGGAGGAGUAUAUUGAGGAAGAAAACGAAAGUAUCGAAGAUCAGCAGCCUCAAGACACUAAGGCAGCAUUAAAAGAUACAAGAGUACAAAUCAAUGAAGUGUCGUCGAGCGUCGUCGAGAAGCCCCAAAGUGAUAGCAGUGAGGGAUUGUUGCCAGCACCGUCAGAUAUGUCCUCGACCACAGAGCAAGCACCAAAAGUCAUUGAGAAAAUAGAGAAGAUUGAAAUAUUGCCACAGUUAAUUGACCAUGCGAAAUUGACACGUCUGGAGCAUCAUCCAUUAAUGCGACACAAAUCGCCGCCAUUGUCACAGUACAAAAAGUCCAAGGGAUCCUCAGCAACUACCUGUUCAGCCUCAAACUCCGUGACAACGACGAACAACGUAAGCAAACAAGCAAAAAGUACACCGUUUGACAUCUCAUCACGUCCCCUAAAGGCAUAUCCGGGCCGAACUUCGCUCAAGCGGUCGCAGACACAAUUCCCCAAUAUACCUAACGAAAAUGCGCGCUUAAGCGAAGCUACAUCGUCGCAUGAAGUAAGUAAGCGACGUCGCUACAACGAAUACAUGUUGGGCGCCGUUAGCAGCACAAGCAAUAACUCAGACAACAGCAUCGAUAAAAUUGGCAAAAGUUCGAAUAAUAACUGCCGUAAUCGGCGUUUCAAUAGCACCUCAACUAUGGGUCACCUCAGCAGUGGAAGCUGUGCCGGCAUUGCCUUGGAGAAGCGGCAAUUGCGGAGCAACAGCGGUACCGUGGACUACUCGAAGCGCACUUUGCGUACGCGUAACUCACUUACCAAAGACCUGAAGGCGAAAGCAUCGCUCACUACAACUAUGCGACGCGUAACGUCACAGUUUCUGCAUGAAACAGCCGUCAGUCUUAUGCACAGCAAUUCUGCGCUGGCACAACAGCGUCAACAACACAGCGCGAAUGCAUCGCACAACGGCAGCGGCAUGAAUUUGAAUAGAAAUAGCAGUGCGACAAACAGCAGUUGCAGCAGUCGCGGCCUUGGACGUAGGUCGCGGGCGGAGAAGCUACUAACAAACAACACCGACAAUUUGGAGGCAGCCUUCUCACAUGUUAUCAAUCUGCGAUCGCGCAAGGUUGCACAUUUUGCUGUCGCGGCUGCAGCAGUAGCGGCGGCAGCGGCAGCAGGCAACAACACACAAUCCACACGUCGUGCAAGAGGCGUUAUAGGUGGGGUUGCUGGCGCGGGUUCGCCGCUCUUGUCUUCAUCAUCGGCAACGGUGCUACGGCGUGAGCGACACAACCUGCGCAGCUUGAAUUCGCGCAACUCCGCUAGUGCCAGCCUAAUGUCAGCCAAUGGUCAGCGUGAUUACGGCUAUGGAAAGUCAACACGCGGCGGCUUGCAUGCGGCAGGCAUGUGCGCUGCAUACAACAUGCAGUCAAAUUCAGUGCCCACGUCCAAGUUGCUUAACGGCGCAGCCGGUGUGACACACGCGACAACACGUCCGCGAGCGCACACGCUGCUCUUGGCAAAGCAGCCUGUAAGUGGUACGACAACGUCUAGCGCGAUGAGCAUGCGCAACAGUAAUGCAGCAACACCUUUGGCAGUGCAGCCUACUUCGUACGGGAAACGUACUACGGCGUUGCGUAGUAGUGGUGGUGGUGGUGGUGUUGGCGGCGGCAGCAAUAUGGGCGCGACGCCCGUGAUGCUGACGCGCAGCGGGCGUACUGGCCGGCGGAUGAAUCGUUGAAGGGGUACGGGAGUAUGGAAGUGAAUGUUGUCGCUGCUGCGGCGACAUUGUGAGUAAAUUAGUACAAAAAUGCCUGAAAGCAUGCUAACACUUAGCGAUUUUCAUUGUCAAGGUUUUGCAAGAAGUUAAAAGCAACUUAAAUUUGUAAAAUUAUAAAAAUUAACGCUGCAUGUGCAGCAAUUAGAUAUGUGAAUGCAGUACGAAGCGAGCACCUCGCGCAAAAUUAAAACAGAAAAAUACUAGAUUUUUGUAAAUUUAGUUGUUUAGUUGGUGUCCUCUACAAGCAAAAUAUGUACAUACAUAUAUAUGUAUUGCCAACUUGAAAUUUUAUUCCAAAAAAGCAGAAACUGAAAAAUGCAAUAUUUAUUAGUAAAUAAUACCUACGUUAGUACUUUUCUUUGUUAUGUCUACUUAUUUUUUCAUAGUUUGCCAAACGAAUAAAAUAGAGCAAUGAAAAAUUAAAUCAAGUGCUGCAUUAAUAAAUGUGAGGUGUGCACGAAUAAUUUAAUGCGCGAAAGAAGGGAAAUUUGAGGUUUAGUUAAAAAACAGAGUAAUAAUAUGUAGCAAUUGUUCCUUUCACCACACUGAUUUCCAUGUAGAACAAAAGUAUUUAUAUUAGGCGCUAAGCUGUAACUAAAGUCAAGUCAGAAGAAAGGGAAAACUGAUACAAUAUUAGUUAUAUACUGUUAAAUCAUAAAAGAUGCUACUAGUUUUUAGGUGGUAGCUGUAGGCACGCUUGCGCGCUUUUAUAAUGUAAGUAAUUUAAAAAAAAAAAAAAAAAAAAAAAAAAUUGCCAGCAAACCAUUGACAUAAACUUUAUUAUAAUUUUAAAUAUCUAUAUAGUAGAUAUAUUUAUCUUAAAUAAUACUGAUGUACAUAUAAACAAAGGUGUUAUAUAUUUCAUUUUUUUGUUUUGGCGUGUAAACCUUUCAGAAGCGUUUAAACUACUUAAACGACUAAAUCGUAUGAAAUUCAUAAUCCAAAUAUUUCAUUUUCCAAAAUUAGUGCUGGUAUCUACUCGAUUAAAACCAUUUUUUAUAGUUAGUUGUUUAUGCUGUUGCGUUAUAAAAAAGUACCUUUAUUAAUAUGGGUCUUCACACCGAGCCCGGCAUUCUUUAACUCGGUGUUCGGUAAUUUUUUCUAAUGCAGUUUAUUUGUAUAAAAUAGUGUUACACAAACAAAAUACAUGGGAAAAAAAUGACCGAACACCGAGUCACCGAGUACUAAGCUUCGGUGUGAAGACCCAUAAUAAUUUGAAAUUUUAAUACUUUGGAUUAAAUUUAAUUGGAAAAUAUUUAUUUAUUUAAAAUUUUAAUUGAACUCGUUACAACUUCUUUAAUUGAUCUUGAAUUUAAUUUGAGUUGAUUUUUUUAAUUUUAUUUUAUGUUACACCGUAUAUUUUAAUUUUGAUUUAAAAGUUAGAUUUGUAAUUUCUCGAUUAAAUCACAAAAACAAACAAAAAAGUUGAUGUGCCUUAUUGCGUUAGUGCAAAGUAAUAGCUGCAUUUAUUUCGGCAAUAUUAGGGAAAAAACGCAAUUGCAACAAUAGCAAUAACAAUAAAACAUACCGACACUUUCAAGUAAUUUUAAGUCCACAGACUGCACAUAAAUGUUGUUCUAAAAGUAUUGGCUAAAAAUAUCGCAAGAGUACAUUGAAGGAGUAAAUGUGAGCUAUACUUUGCACUAAGACGUCUUGGAGGUUAUAUUUACUACAUUUAAAUACAAAACAAAAAAUACUCCCAUCUCAUUUCACCGCUUCUAACUCCACACUAAUUUCUUAUCAAAAAUAGUAAUUUGUUAUCAAAAAAUUAUACUUGCACUCAAAAACAUUUACCAUUCAUAUUUUAUUUUUAAAAAUUUGCCCUGUAUUACUAGCUAUUAAAUUUAUUUAAUAUAAAAUCAUUCGGGAGCUUUUAAGCGUAGUGCUUAGUAGGGUUAGUUUUAAAA